UUGAUAGCUCCAUGGGAUUGGUUUCCAUGCUUCUUUUUGUUCUAACUUGUGACGUACGUGUACAUACGCGUAUAAGUAUACGAGUACAUACCCGUAUAAGUAUACAAGUAUGAUCAGUUGUGGGCUUAACUUGCCUUUAAAUAUGACCCUCCAUAUCCUCACAUAUAGGAAGAAGUAGUACAGCUCCCCAUACUUACGCACCCCCAGAUUUCAACUCUCUCUCCUCAGAUUUCAACUAGCUAGCUCAUCUAGGAAUCACAGAAAUGCCUGAUGAAGAGGUGAUACUGGAAAACGCCACAGAUCAUCAUGAAGUUCCUGAUCAUCAUCAGAAUCAGGAGCUCAAAUCCAAGAAACUUUCAUGGCAAAAGCUGCGAAGAUACGACUCCUUGGACCUCGAGUCACGCAGUUUCACUGCUCACCAUGGCCAUGCCUCCAAGGGUGGGGAGUGGUCGGUGAUACUGCACCUAGCAUUUCAGAGCAUUGGAAUAGUUUAUGGGGACAUCGGUACAUCACCUCUCUAUGUGUAUUCAAGCACCUUUACCAAAGGCAUCAACCAUGAUGACGACAUUUUGGGUGUUCUUUCUUUGAUCCUUUACACCCUAACCUUAAUCCCUUUGAUUAAGUACGUUUUCGUCGUCUUACGGGCCAACGAUAAUGGCGACGGAGGUACGUUCGCACUAUACUCUUUGCUAUGUCGAUAUGCCAAGGUUGGUUUGACUCCGAGUCAACAAGCAGAGGAUCGGGAUGUCUCAAAUUUUGAGCUGGAGUUGCCGAGCAAACGCCUAAAGAGAGCGUCAAGGCUUAAAUCUAAAUUAGAGAACAGCCCCUUUGCCAAGGUGUUCUUAUUAUUCGCCACCAUGCUUGGUACUUCCAUGGUCAUUGGCGACGGUGUUCUCACUCCCUGCAUCUCAGUUUUGUCGGCUGUUGGAGGGAUCAAAGAAGCUACAUCUGCAAUGACGGAAGAUCGGAUUGUUUGGAUAUCAAUAGCCAUCCUGAUUUGCCUCUUCAUGGUUCAAAGAUUUGGAACUGAUAAAGUGGGCUACACUUUUGCACCAAUCAUUUGUGUUUGGUUUACACUGAUUGGUGGCAUUGGUGUCUACAACUUCAUCAAGUUUGAUCCUACGGUGGUCAAAGCCCUAAAUCCACAAUACAUAGUAGAUUACUUCAGGAGGAACAAAAAAGACGCUUGGAUUUCUCUUGGCGGCAUUGUCCUUGCCAUAACAGGAACUGAAGCAUUGUUUGCUGACGUGGGCCACUUCACAGUCCGAUCCAUUCAAAUAAGUAUGUGCGCAGUUACUUAUCCAGCUCUCAUAUUGGCAUACACUGGACAAGCCUCUUUUCUUCGCAACCACCAUCAUCUUGUUUAUGAUACCUUCUUCAAGUCUAUACCAGGGCCAUUGUAUUGGCCGAUGUUUGUGGCGGCAGUAUUGGCAUCAAUCAUAGCCAGUCAAGCCAUGAUUUCAGGGACGUUCUCUAUAAUCCAACAGUCACUGUCAUUAGGGUGUUUCCCUCGUGUCAAAAUCGUGCACACAUCGGCCAGGUACGCAGGACAAGUUUACAUUCCGGAGGUCAACUACCUUCUGAUGUUGGCUUGCGUUGGUGUCACUUUGGGUUUCCGAACCACUGCAAAGAUUGGCAAUGCAUACGGUAUAGCUGUGGUGUUUGUAAUGACGCUUACGUCGUCGUUUCUAGUGCUAAUCAUGAUAAUGAUAUGGAAAACCAACAUACUUUUGGUCAUCUCAUAUGUUCUUGUCAUUGGAAGUGUGGAGUUAAUGUAUCUAAGUUCGGUGCUCUACAAAUUCAACCAAGGUGGAUAUCUUCCCCUCGCCUUUGCCAUGGUCUUGAUGAUUAUAAUGUUUGUGUGGAAUGAUGUGCAUCGGAGAAAGUACUAUUACGAGCUUGGUCACAAAAUCUCUCCAGAACAACUCAAGGAAAUUGCUGUUAGCGCAAACUUUUGUCGAAUGCCUGGCCUCGCCAUGUUCUAUUCGGAGCUUGUUCAAGGCAUCCCUCCGAUCUUCAAUCAUUAUGCAACAAAUGUGCCUGCAUUGCACUCGGUCCUUGUUUUCGUCUCCAUUAAAUCAUUGCCUAUAAGCAAGGUUCCAUUGGAAGAGCGAUUUCUUUUUCGGAGAGUAGAGCCUAAGGAGCUCAAUGUGUUUCGAUGUGUUGCAAGAUAUGGGUACACAGAUGUUCGAAAUGAGCAUGAACCCUUUGAAGGGUUGUUGGUGGAGAAAUUGAAAGAGUUCAUAAAGGAUAGUUUUUGGAUAUCUCAAAGAAAUAUGGACGAUAAUAAUGGGGAGAAGUUUGACAUCAAGGAGGAGGAAUUCAAUGGCGGGGUGGCUAACGGUGAGAAUGGCAAGGAGGAUGCGAAGGAAGUUGAUGAUCAAGAUAAGCAACAAGAUUUACUGGACGAAGAGAUUGAAGCCAUAGACAAAGCAUGGAGGUGGGGGGUUGUUCACCUAAUUGGGGAAAAUGAAGUGACGGCUGCAAAAGGAGCUGGUAUGGUUAAAAGAAUUUUAAUUGAUUAUGCUUACAACUUCUUGAAGAGGAAUUUGAGACAGAGUGAUAAAGUGUUUGAUAUUCCUCACAAACGCAUGUUGAAAGUGGGCAUGACUUAUGAACUUUAGAAAAAAGGAGAAAGUGGAUACAUGAUCGAGUUUGAGUA